CAAGUGCGUAUGCAUAAUGUGCCCCGCCAUUAUCAGUAGAACGGAGGAUUUUCGAUAGAGCCGGGUGAGGGGAUCAACAGGUAUAAACUCUGUACAUAUAUAUAAUGCGAUCCCGCCUUUCAGACACGGCAGACCAACUCUCGCGGGCCCUAGAUUACGAUAGCAAGAGAAAGAAAAGAAUUGCUGUAUUCUAGAUUUGAUAUCAUCACUGCACUGCAUGAUGUCACCAGCCAUGGAUUCAAAAAAGGAAAAGGUGUUUGAUGGAGUCACGAGUGACGACACUGCGCUUGAACAGCUGGGGUAUACCCAAGAAUUGAAACGAAACUUUGGGCUGUUAGGCAUGGUCGGGUUCUCGUUCAGUAUUGUCACAUCGUGGACUGCACUGAGCGGAGUUCUCAUCAUCGGCGUGGAAUCGGGAGGGCCGCCAGUCAUGAUAUAUGGAUGGGUGGGCGUAUGCUUAUUCUCACUGAGUAUAGCGUACUCUAUGGCCGAGAUGUGCAGCGCAUACCCCGUUGCUGGAGGUCAAUACAGCUGGGUGGCCAUUCUUGCGCCUCCGAGAUGGGCGAGAGGCUUUUCGUAUGUUUGUGGAUGGUUCAUGUUGAUUGGGAUCCUGGCCAUGGGAGCUACCAACAGCUUUGUAGCGGCUAAUUUCGUGCUGGGCAUUGCACAGAUGAACAACCCGGACUACACGAUCGAGCGAUGGCACACCGUCCUGUUAUCCUACUUGAUUGCGAUUGUUGCCGCCGUAUUCAAUAUCUUUCUCCCGUCUGGCCUGAACAAGAUCUCGAAGUUCAUACUUUUCUGGAAUAUCACCGCCUUCGUUGUCUGUUUCAGCACGAUACUCGGGACCAACAAGGAAAAGCAAUCAGCGAGCUUUGUCUUCAGCGAAUUCCAAAACCAGACGGGUUUCAAUGCGCCAUACGCUGCCAUCUUGGGGCUGACCCAAGCUAUGUUUGGGAUGUGCUGCUACGAUGCCCCUGCUCACAUGACCGAAGAAAUCAAACAGGCGCGCAAACGGGCACCCCAAGCAAUCGUCAUGUCUGUCUACAUCGGUGCAGUGACUGGUCUAGCUUUCUUGAUAUCAUUAUCCUUUUGCAUGGGUGAUAUCGAGGAAACAGCAGGUUCCGCAACUGGCGUUCCCGUAAUUGAGAUAUUCCGGCACAGUACUCAAAGUGUCGGUGCUGCUUCGACUCUAGGCUCGCUGAUCGCAGUCAUCGCGCUUGUAUGUGCCAAUUCGCUCACAGCAGAAGGAUCGCGGGCGGUAUAUGCUUUCGCCCGUGAUCAUGGCUUGCCUUUCUCGUCUUUAUUCAGUAAAGUGUCGUCGAAGAAGCAGGUUCCUAUCAAUGCUAUUCUUUUGACAGCCUUCGCCCAAAUGGCGUUUGAUUCCAUUUAUUUCGGAACAUUGACAGGCUUCAACACGGUGAUUUUGAUCGCGACCGAAGGUUUUUAUCUUUCAUACGCAAUGCCCCUUCUAGCUCGCUUGUUAGCAUUCGUGACAGGUGGACAGUAUCAACUCGACGGGCCAUAUUCUAUGGGACGAUAUGGACUGCCAUUGAACGCGAUUGGGGUGUUUUUCCUGUUCUGCUGCUGCAUCAUCUCGAACUUUCCUGGUGUGAGUCCAGUGAACAGCGACAACAUGAACUACACCUCUGCUGCGAUAGGGGUGGUCAUGAUGAUUAGUCUUGUGACUUGGCUCACCACGGGUAGAAAACGAUUUACCGGUCCACAGGUCGGAAAUGUAUUUGCAGCGACGGGUGGACCAAGGACGAGCUAG